AUGUUGUUAAGGCUAGCCGGUGUGGCUUAUCUCGCAGCAAUCGCUGAAACGCAAGAAGAGCCGCAUAGAGUACCGCGCGGUGCUGCUGCGGAUCUCCUGCGCGCGAUGGCCGCGUCGGAAAGGGCACAGGCUGAGCUUGUGGAAUGUCGCAAGUCGCUCCAGGUAUGUGAGAGCGCCUCCCCUUCAUCUGAAGGAGCCAUCAGCAGAUCCCAGCCCAUCAGGUCCUCGCAGCUUCAGCCAGGUUCGCCCGAAGCUCCAGAUUGGCCAGAGGGCUACGGCACCUUGUUGCGCUUCCCAUUUGGCAUUGCCGACAUGAAGACGCUGAAGGAAGUGGCCCGAGAGCUCUGGACGUCGGAAGGAACUGCAGCUGACAUCGAGGACGAGGUCUCACAGCUGGGUUUUCGCCAGCACAGAGGGAUGAGGUGUGCAUCUGAGAUGGUCGGUGUUCACCCCGUCGGCGGAGCAAGUGUUCGCUGGUCCGCAGCACUGUGGGAAUCGGCUCAGCAGUGGUGCUCCGAGAACAAAGAAUGUACAGGCAUCAUGGUCUAUGUUGGCUCCAACACCAUGAAUUGUAAUUCCUGGUGUGGCAGACCUCAGUUCUGCGACGGUCACAUAGACGCUGCUGAAUCAGCCGGUGUAGAGGAGAGCAGCGAAUGGAAUCUGUGGGUCAAAGAUGCUGCUGAGUCCGGCACUGCCGCAUGA